CAAAAAUUCAGUGUGCAGGCAUAGGGUCCACAAGACUGGAGCCUUGCCGAUAACCAUUGUUCAUCAGGCUCUGGUGUUCAUGACAGGAUUCAAACCUUGCAUACACAGGGAAUCAAAUUUGUGUUCUUUUUACUUGUCUGAAAAAGGAAAAGGUUUUCAAGUGGACAAGGCCUUCACUCCUGAAGCAACAUAGGGUUAACAAGUAGUCAGGGGAGGAAGGGGGCCAUAAAAGCUUGUAGGCAGUAUUUCAAAACAUGAGGAUAUCUUGUUACACAUGAUUUAACCUGCCACUUUGGAGUCCAUACAUAGUGCAUUGAGCCUUACCAAUUCGCGUGCACUCAACAAUACACGAAGGUAUAAACAUGGCUCCUUACUUGUUAAGACAGACAUCGGGGCACCACAGAUCAAUACUGUCAAAUUCUAUUGGAUGGUAUGUUCACGCUUGAGUCACCAUGUGCCUUAACCAGCAGAACAAGCAGCGUGAACAAUAUCAGGACUGGGAAGUAGCACCCUGGAACAGGUACACCAGACAAAAAAAAAGGGCUUGACUGCAAAUGGUGGUGGGUGCCGUCGUCGGUCAUGUGGACAAGUCUGGCAACAACCAUGCAGCCAUCUUAGACAACCUGAGCUGAAGGAACAUGCGCAAAGGCAGCAGAUUGCGCAUAAUGGACGCUGAAAUGGAGGCCCCGUAGAACCGAAGGCGGGACCUAAGCGCUUUUUACUGUAAUCUGAUUGGUUGCGGUGGUAGUGUCGCGGAAUAUCCCGGGCUUCUGCACAUUGUUUGGGGUUGUGUUGUGUGGCUGAAACUAACGGCAAAUUCUUAAUCAUUCUGUAAUUGUGAUAUUGUAUUCGAUUCCUUAACCAUAAGGAGUUGGGUACGCACGUAGUACUCGUCGCUGGCUUUCAAGUCGCCUUUGGUACGACGGGAGCAAGGAAACAACACCUUUCCUCGGAACGACGUGAGAGAACCACAAGACUCCACAAGUAUCAAGAUGAUUCUGCUGAAGUGGAUGUUGAAGCUCUAGAUAUAUACACCAUGGAUCCCAGUCCUGAUGCCCACCUGUUGUAUCAACCAGAUGUCCACUUCUGCACUUGUAUCCAUAAUACAAAUCCCUGAUCCAAACAUUACUGCAAAUUGCAGAAAAUGCACCCCUGCCUUAGAGGACUUGGAGGUCGCACACUUUCUUCCUCAGUCACGUGACGAUUCGCCUCCGUCUGAUGGUGACUGAGGUCAUGUUGGAAUAAAAGUUCUUCGUAGUGGUGAAUAGCAACGAUUCCACUGAUGUGCUCUGGAUGAAGUUCAAGUACCUCCUGGCUGAAGAUGCAACACAAUGACUCAUGGACAGAAUUCAAAGACUAUCUGACUGAAAGAUUGUGAGCAAGUAGAAGGAGUGAUUUGGACAUAUGGAUCAGUUUACUGAAGGCGAUGACCUUUCAAGUAUGAUGGAUUCUGUAGAAAUUCCCACAUCGGAAUUGAACUGUGUGAAUUCAGUGGCGAAUUCUGUGCAAGACACAAAUCGUGAAACAACGCGUGAUGGGGAAAACCGUGUUUUCUCUUUGAGAGAUCAGUAUGUUACGCCAGAGCAAUUGGCUUUUUCAAAAAAUGAUCCACCGGAGUUUGAUAAACCUUUGUAUGGGACAGCACUAGAUCCUACGUUGUUGACGGUGACUAGUCUUGAGGAUUACUCAGAUGUUAGCAGCUGUUCGGAAGCAGAUUUUGGCCGCAUUUUGAACAUAUUGGAAAAAAACCCUGACCAGUCUUCUGAGUGUCAAGAUACAGUGCUUUCUAGUGAUAAAAAUGAAUUGGAUAAAGAUGUUUGUCAUGCUGGAACACACAAUGCAUGGGCAGCAAGCGACACAUCCAUAGAAAAUCAGGAUUAUGUUUGUAGAGCGUCUCCCGAGACAGUGUGUGAAAGACGAAGUGGCAGUUUUGAUAACGUGAUGGAUGGUGAUAAUCAGGUAGAAAGGUCCUUCUUAAAUGUUCAAUAUCGGUGCUCAAAUCUCAGUACCACAGAAGGUGAAAAUGGAUGCCCUUUGGAAGCUGAGGAACAAAUGAAAGGAGGAUUUCUUAUCCAGAGCACAGACUGUGGUGUUACUGAAAGAAGCAAGAAUUGCAACGACACUAGAACUACUCAGAUGAGUUCUGUUUGUGCCUUGGAUGUAAAUGGUGCCAAACAGAGUAUAGAAGGUCAUGAGAAGAGUGCCCUUACCACUGGAAAUUUAGGUGUACAAAAUGAUUGCAACUUAAAAGGGAUAAACAACACUUGUGAGAUCAAAAAUAAUACUCCAGAAUAUGAAUUAACGCAUGAUGUUAAAAACACUGCUCAUGAAGAUGAACUGGAGAAUGACGGGACAAGGAGCAGUCAAGAGGAUGAACGGAGCAGUUUUGAAUUCUUACAGUCAUGUUUUGGUUUGAGCAGUCUGGACCAUGCAAAAUUAGACCGAAAUGUUGCAAACUUUCCGUUGUCUGGGAGUAUGACUCAGCAGUCCCAGAAUUGUGAGGAUAGUCAUACACAACCCCCAGUACUUGUAAGAGCUACACUUGAAUCUGUUCCCAGAAGUCCGAUAAAAGAGGCAGUACGUGGUGGUCUGCAGGAACCCCCUGUACCAAGUACUUACAGUAGUACUUCUGUGUCUCGGGUAUCUGGACAGCAAAAUGACUCUAUGGAAAAUCAAAUCAUUAGGGGCUUAGUAAGAACUAGGAGUACAUAUGACACUGGAGUUAAAAACAGUGCUUCCUUAUUGUCAUCCAAGAGGUUAAUGAGAAAACUACAACCUGUGGUUCUUGUGAAGACAGCCAAGUGUAAUGCUAAAGAUGGAAACCUGUAUGUUUGUUCUGUGUGCCAGAAUACCACGCAGAAUUUGGAUGAACUUAUUGAACACCAUCAUUGCAAACACUCUAAGCAUACAUUUCAGUAUUGCCUCACCUGUGGAGCCUAUUUUUCUAAUGGAACCUUGGCAGCAAAACAUUUGUGUGAGCAAAUUGGGCCAAAAGAUUUGGAGCUGUCUGAUACAAUAUUGGCAAGUACUAAGCAACUGAGCGAGAAGCUUAAUGCAAAAUACCUAUGUAAGUACUGCCAAAAGCCAUUCGUUAAAAUGUCUUACCAUCAAGAUCAUGAGCAAUGGCAUAAAAUUGUAACACGGCAUAGGUGUGGUUGUUGUGGCUUAUAUUUUCCUCAUGCAAAAAAACUUCGUGCUCACAAACGAAAAGUCAGAUGUACUCCUAUGAUACUAGAACCCAAUGAACAGGGGAAAAAAUGUCCAGAAACAGCCCCUAAAAAUCCAGCUAAACCAACCUUUACAUUUGGAGUUGAUGGUUGUCAGAUUGGGCUUCAAGAUUGUUUUGUGAAACUUGUAGACAUAAACAAAGAGAAGCCAUCUCUACGGAAAAUAAAUUGUCCUGUUUGUGGAAAAAGUUUCAAACUCAGAGCACAACUGAAAGCACACCUUAGAUUGCACACAGGUGCAAAGCCUAUUAAGUGUAAUAAAUGUAAGAAGGAUUUUAAAUAUUCCUGGAAUCUUGAAAAGCACAAAAAGGAGCUAUGUUCUGGAAACAUCACAAAGCAAGACAUUUCUGAACCAUCUAUUCCAGGUAGACAUUUUGGUAGAUUUCCUUGCCCUACCUGUCCACAGAUUUUUGUGUACUCCUACAACCGAACCCGCCACAUGCGACAGCGGUGUUUGAAAGAAUAUAUGGAAAUAAGGAAAGGAAAAGUGGGAAGCAGGUAUAAAUGCCCCUUAUGCAGUGAAACAUUUUCUCUGGUUGCUAAUCGGAAUAGACAUAUUAAAAACACUUGUUUUCAGCAAUAUAAAUUACAGAGGAGGGCUGACAAAAAGAAACUGGUCAAGGAAAAUGUUAAAGAAGAAAAGGAGGAAAAGCAAGUGCUGCUAACAGAGAAUUUGCAAUCUUAUAAAUGUAAAGUGUGCCCUGCUUCAUUUGCGCAUAAAUCUGGAGUCUAUAGACACAUGAAGAAACAUUCAUUGCUUCAGCGUUCUAAAGUACUAGUGGGCAAACACGACGACCCUACUGAUGGGAAAGGAUCAGACUCUAAUAACAAGAGACCUCAAAACCAAGCGUGUUCAAGCCAAGAGUCUAGUGAUUCGGUCACUGCUAACCCUUUCCUUUGCAGUUACUGUGAAAAAUGCUUCAGUUCAAGUGAUUCAUUGAAUAAUCAUCUGCGGAUACAUGGGGGAAAGAAACCCUUCCACUGCUUGGACUGUGGUAAAAAUUUUGGAAGGCGUGGACACUUAAUAGCUCACAAAAAUGUUCACAAGCGACGAAUACAGUGUUCUGUCUGUAAAAAAAUUGUGCCCACUAUUGGAGAUUUGUUGAAACACAGACAAUCCCACAUCAAAAAGGGUUUGCUUCAGUGCCCUGAUUGCCCAAUGCAAUUCAAGUUUCCUGUCUACUUGCUCCGACAUGUUAAAAGGCAUGCAAAUGAAGAAGCCAUGCCAAAAUCAUCUCUGCCUGCUGAAACUCCACUCAAAAAUUCUGCAGAUGAAAAAGUGAAUGAAUUGAAGGAGUCCUUUUUUUGUAGAAUAUGCCAAAAGGCAUUUGUUGAUUCCAAAACACUGAGUGAACACUGUUUAAUUCACCUUCCAAAACCUUCUGUUUCCAAAUGUCCAGUUUGUAAGCAUAAUUUCACAAGUCGAACUGCACUGAUUCGGCAUAUUCGUCUGCACACUGGUGAAAAACCUUUUCCAUGCAAGAUCUGUGGAAUGCGUUUUCACCGGAAGGAACCCCUCCGAGUUCAUCAAGAAAAAUGCAAGGGACUGCGAGAAAAAACUCUCUCUCCAUCAACCACAAUUCAAACACAUGGGAAAUGUGAAGUAAAUGCAACAUCAAAGUCAGAAAAAUUUCCAAAACAAUUUACAUGCUCAUACUGCCCACACAUAUUUACCAUGUCUGGUAAUUUGAAAAUGCACGAAAAAGCUCACUUGGGUAGCAACCUCGUACCAUGUUUAAAAUGUGGGAAAUAUUACAAAAAGAAUAAGAUUUAUGGACAUCGGAAACGCUGCAACAUCAAGGAAUCCCCUUCUGGAGAGACAUUAAACAGUGAAGAAUCUGGAAAUGCACAGAAGAGUGAAUGCAAAGGUACAAAUUUAGUUAUUGCAAACAGAACGUGCAGAAUUGCAAAAGUAAUGGGGACAAAUAUCAAUGACGGUCUUAAGGAGCGAUGCCCACAGUGUCCUAAACGUUUCCGAUUCAGAUCUUAUUUACUAAGACAUCUUAAUUCUCACUUGGCAAAAAACCAGUUUGCAUGUAAGCAUUGUGGUCAGAAAUAUAGCAAUCAGAGCUCCUGUCAAAAGCAUGAGGCCUUAUGUGAUGGUGUGUUGAGACAGCAUGAAGCAAAACAACUGAAUGAAUCUGAAGAAACCAAAAGCAUGCCAGAAAGUGCAGCCAGUCUAAAGGAAUUCACAGUAAUCAUUGGAGAAAAUGGUGAGCAGUUGAAGUGCAACUUUUGCACAAAAACCUUUACAAAACCUAGGUAUCUGCGACGGCACAUUCUUACCCACACAGACGUCAAGCCAUAUCGUUGUAAAACAUGUGAAAAUUGUUUUUCUCGAUACGAUCACCUGAAGCAUCACCAAACACGAUGUAGAAGCAAAAAGCAACAACCUGAGGUGCUUCUUCAACAGAUUUCUCUUGACCAUGUUGGCUCUCAAGCCAAGAGACAGCUACCAAGUGAUGUGUUUGAAUGCAGUACUUGUUCAAAGAAGUUUUCUACAAGCACCAACUUAACAAGGCAUGUUUCCAUGCUACAUUCUACUUUCAAACCAUUUUCCUGUAAAAGAUGUGGUACUGGCUUUACGGCUAUAGAAAGUCUGAAGAGACACCGCAUCAGGGUGAACUGCAAGAUGUCCUCAGCAGAGUGUCUGGAACCAGUGCAAAUGCCAAUCAAGUUAAAUACUUCAGUGCAGUCUUGCAGAGAAACAGCCAAACCCAUGCAAAGCAUAGAUGGGCACUACUCCAAUAAAUGGAAGUUCCAAUGUGAGUACUGCCCUCGCCGCUUUAAAGCCCAAACACAAUUAAAAUUGCAUACUCGUCUUCAUACAGGGGAAAAACCAUUUGGAUGUGCCAGUUGUGAUGAGCGUUUCAUCAGAAGAGACUAUUUAAAACGGCAUUUGAGUAAAUGCAGUGGGAAAAGAGAAGGGCCGAAAGUGCUUUGUGACAGAUGUGGUGGAUUGUUUACUCAGCAAGCUCUUGAGAUGCAUCAAAACAACUGUGUCAUCAGCUUAAAGUCCACUGACUGCCCUGAAAGUGUAAGCAGUAUUUCCAGCCCUUCAAAAGUCAAGGCGUUUUCCUGUGUCAACUGUAAUGACCGCUUCUUAUUGUUCUCCCAGCUUCAGCAGCAUAUUUUGACAAAACACAGAUCUGAUGGAAAACAGCAGUCAAGUAUCCUUGAGUUUGAGCAGUUAUCAAGUAAUUUGCACAUUAAGGAGGAACCAGCAGAUGACAGUUACGCUGAGAGCUUGCCAAGCAACUGUCAAAUAUAUGCCAACAAUGAGCAUGAAAGUAUUGAUGCUGAAAAGGAGAAACCAUUUGAGUGUGAGCAGUGCCACAUGAGGUUUAUAACUAACAGUGGGCUUGGUAUGCAUAUGCGUACUCAUACAGCAAUGUAUCCUCUUUCAUGCAAAAAAUGCAACAAGGGAUUUUGGAGCAAAAAUGUACAACAGAAGCACACGAGAAAAUGUAAGGGUUUGGAAGUCACAAAAAAGGAACCUAACACACAAGAUGCCGUUUCAUCAGAAUUGGAGUCUGCUCCAAAUGAUGAAGUCCUAGUCUUUAAUAAAGGCUCCAGCACAACUGGAACUGGUGUACUCCAGACAAAGUUUUCAUGUAAAGACCAGGAUAAAGGAAAUGCGGACAAAGGAGAUGCAGUUGUUCACAAGUAUCAGUGCUCUGAAUGUGAGCAAAGUUUUACAGAUGGGCUCAUGCUUAUAAGUCAUCUUGAGGCUCAUGGCCGUGAAGACCAAGAGCGUAGGUUAGGCAAAAGCCAUCGCUGUCACAUUUGUGGUAAGAACUUUGAACAAGCAGGUGUGCUGCAAAGACAUGUGAAGACACAGCAUCAGGAAACAGUUAAGAAUACCUGCCCUGAAUGCUUUAGAAGCUUUCGCUAUCCCUCUGAUUUGGACAUACACAGAUCUUGUCAUGAUCCUAAUCGGCCAUUUGUUUGUAACACAUGCGAGUUGAGGUUUUGGACUUCUAAAUCCUUGAGUACUCAUCAAAGGCUGACUCACUCAGCUAGCGAACCACUCAAAACUGUCGAGCCUACUCCAAGAACUGAUAGGGUGUCUCCUAAAGUAUUUACUUGCCAUCCCUGUAAUAAGAUUUACACUAUCAGAAGGUCAUAUAUGAAACACUGCAGGGUUAAACAUAAAGGGUGUUCAAAAGGCCUCGAUGACCUUAAAAGUGCUACCGCUGAAGAUCAGUUGAGCAACAAUGAGUCAGAUGGAAGUGAUGACGACUCCGACUCUGCCCCUUACUUUCCUUGUCAUGUUUGUGGUAAAACAUUCCUGACAUCAGAAAGUCUUGAGGAUCAUCAAAGAUGCCAUCUUGGUGAAAAGCCUUAUGAAUGUGAAGAAUGUGGCAAAUGCUUUAUUCAGCUUGUAAAUUUGCAGCAGCAUCAGCGCAGUCACAAAUCUGAGUUUCAGUGUCAAAUGUGCGGAAAAGGUUUUGUUUCACUCUUUGCAUUGCGCAAACAUAAGCACACUCAUGUUAGAAAACAUCCCCAUCGAUGCACAAAAUGUCAUUUAAGUUUCACACGGUCUUCACAGCUGACAGAACAUAUGAUCACUCAUCGUGAUGAAAAUUUUCCCUGUGAUCUUUGCCAUGAAAACUUUUCCUGCAAAUCAAGCCGAGCAGAGCACCGGAAAAUCCACACGGAGGCAGAGGAAGAGCUCCCUCCUUUAAUUCCACCAGCAAAGCAGACCACAUCUUCACCAGUCUUGAUCAACCCUUCAUUAAGUACUGUUCAGCAAUACAGAUAUCGCUGUGAAAUUUGUCAAGUACAAUUUCCAGAUCCUGAGCAGCUCUCGGAGCAUGGCUGUAAUCCAGCAAAAGAGCGUCCAUACUCAUGUAAAGACUGUAACAAGCAUUUCUUGCAUGGUUCUCACCUUAAAAAACAUCAGCUCACUCAUCAGUUGUCUGGAACACGAUCCUUUCAGUGUAAUAGUUGUCACAUGAGCUUUAGCCACCGCCAUCACUUCCUGACCCAUUUGCAAACACAUGGUGGUGAAGAAUCUUCCAAAUCUCAAAUUAACAAUGAAGUGAAGAUAUCAAACACUGAUGAUUCACAUCAGGACAAAAUUUACAGAUGCCCAAUUUGUCCUGAGAGUUUCUCUCAAGUGUUAGAGCUGGCAAAUCACCUUUCUGUUCAUGCAAAUAUGUGCAACGUUUGUAACAAGACAUUCUCAACUAAGCAACAACUUGAGAAACACGAACAGUGCCAUUUGUCUGCAGCUACACAGUACGAGUGCACAGAAUGUGGAAAGAGCUUCCUUGGAAGUGAUGCCUUUCGCCAACAUUAUUGUGUUCACCAAAAACAUCUUUCAUGUUCAUCCUUGUCAACCACUGACAAAAAGAGAUGUUUAGAAAAUUCCUCUGAGGUACUCACUAAUAUUGAGGAGGAGGAGGAGGUUGAUGUUGGAGAAGACUUUUAUAAUUGCCCUACCUGUAGCAAACGAUUUCCUUCUAACAUCAGUUUGCAGGAGCACCAAAAGUUCCAUGAAUUUGAUCGUCCUUUUAAGUGUCUGGUUUGUGGAAAAGGCUUUGCCAAAAAGAAGUAUCUUACACAGCAUCAGCAAAUACACAAUGAGCGGCCCUAUCGAUGUGAUUUGUGCUCCAAUUCCUUCAAAACGGAACAAUCACUUUUGUCCCACCGUAAAACCCAUGAUGCAGACCGCAAAUACCACUGCUCAGUUUGUGACAAAUCAUAUAGAACACAAUAUGAUCUUACAAGGCAUGAACAGAAACAUCCUGAAUUGCAAAACUUUAGUGAAGUAAGUGGUGACCACAGAUGUGAUAUGUGCUAUAAGUCUUUCAGCUUGCUUUCUCAACUGAGACAGCACCAGGAAACUCACGUUGGACAAGUUGUCUAUGAGUGCACAGAGUGUGACAAAGCGUUUGCUUUUCUACAUCUUUUAGAAGAACAUCAGCAAACUCAUGGGACUUCAACAGAUUCUUUCCAAUCCCAGUCACCAUCUGACAUUCUCUUUCAAAGCCCAGUAAUUGAGUAGAGUGUACUGUAGAGUAUUUCCUGCAAUGCAGGUGAUUCUUAGUCAUUCAAUUUUCUGAACACGUUAAAAUUGUAUAGGUUCUUGACUCAUGUUGUGGGUUCAUGCUUUUUCAUAUUAAGUCAUACGCUUGUUGGUUUUUUUUUGUUGUUGUUGUUGGGUUUUUUUAAAAAAUAAAUAGGUUUUUCAUUUCAGUACUCUAUGUACAUACGUAACAAAUUUUUGCUUUUACUACUGCAAUUCAGAGAACUACUUACUGAAUUUCUAGUGUUUAGAAAACUCCAUAUAAAUGUAAAUUAUUGUUGUACAAUUAAGAAACGGAUGUGGGAUAAAAUUUGCAUGCUUCGAAUAACUGAGGAAAUGCUGUGUAAAUAUUGUCACCACCAAAUUUUGUAUUAAUGGGGUUUAUACAGCAGCAUUAAAAUGUCCAUCCAUAAACUGUUUACCAUUUUUUGGUAUUUAUUCAAAAGCCUUUUUUAUUAGUCACGCUUUCUGUUAACAUUUGUAACUUGCAGACCCAUGUUUUGAAUUAAUUUUGUUUUAUUGUACUUUUGUGUCAUGUCCUAACUGGUUUUACACAUAUCUAAUACCCAUGUAACAAACUGAGUCAACAUGAAAUUGAUAGGAUUGUUAGAGUUGUGUAUAUGCCUUUUGUAUAUUCAGAUGUGACUCUUGGUAUCUACUGUUUUCUUAAGAAUAUUUUAUUCUGUUUUGUUGAUAACAAUUACUCUUCCUUUCCUUUGCUUAAUGGGUGGUUAAGAGCACCUACCAAGCACUUCAUGGUGUAGUUACUCGUUAUGGCAAGUGACAUUUGUUUGUGUGUAUAUAUAUAUAUAUAUAUAUAUUCAUGUAACUUUUUUUUUAAACAAUUUUUUAGACAAUUUUGGUGUUAAAAUUUUCAGACAUUAAAGCCAUUUGAAUAUAGCCAUCACCUGUGGUCUACAUCUGUCACAUUCAGACUAAAAUGUUUGACUUUGAAAGGCGUGGAUUGCUGAAAGAUGUCAGGAUGGGCAAUUAUUUUAUAGUAUCAAAGUAGACUGCCAAAACGUAAUAUUUGUAUACACAUCAUAUUGACAGUUUAAAAAAAAAAAAUUUAAGAUGACAAACCACUUGGAAGAUCACAGUAUUGCCAGUAACAGUAGACUAAAUGUUCACCAGGGAGGUAAAGCUAAUGAAAAUUAUUUUUAAUGCAUUUAGACAUUUACCUAAAAAUAAAUAAAUAAAUAAAUAAAAUCAGAGGCUGGUAAUACAUUGUGUUGUAAUAACUAAAACGAGUGACUCGUUUUAGUUGCUCUUGAUGCUUUUAGUUUGUGGGUGUGGUAGCAUCUGCUGUUGUCUCUUGUGGGAGCGUAGCAUCCAUCCAGUGUGUGUAGUUCUAAUGAGAAAAUGUAUCCAAAAUGUAUUGCUCACAGUGCAGUUUGCUAAAGUAUAUGAUUGAUUUUCUUUUUUUUAAAUGUAUUUAAAAUGAACUCUGCGAUUUUUGUAACAUGAAAAGAAAAACAUGCAAAUUGCUUGUAAAAGCUAGCAUUAUGUGCUAGGCUUCAAAUUAGCUUUAAUAAUGUGUGUGCUAACUGUACUAACUAUAUAAAUUUACCAGAGGCACAAUCAUGUACCUAUGUCUUUUUCCUAACUAAUUGAACACAAAUUAAAUAACACCCAAGUCAGUGUGAAUUUUAAUUUACCUGGUCAUUUUAAUUUACCUGUUCUGUGACAUGAUGUUAGUUAUUGACACAUUAGCAGUGGAUGCUAAAUGCACUAACUACAAGCACUAUCCAGGGAUAACAGUGAUCUCUGCAAUUUCCUUUUAGCUUGUCCAAAGACAUGCAUUGUAGGGCUGAUUGGCAUCUCUAUAUUGUCCAUAGUGUGUGAGUAUGUGUGCUAUUGUACCCUGCGAUUGAUUGGCACACCAUCCAGGGUCUCCCCUGCCUUGUGACCAGAGUCCCCUGGGAUAGGCUCCAGGCUCGAUGGGAAGAUAAAACCGCAGUGAUAAGAUUUUCUUCCCUUUUUUCAAGUCAAACAUAGAACGUAGGAACUAUAGGUGCAAAAAAUGAACUUUUUCACGAUAUUCAAAUUUUUUGAGCUGCACCUGUAAUUGCAUGUAGGAGCUCAAGUUGUGAGAGCCGAAUUGAAAAGUGUGAAAAUGAAUGGCCACCUGUUACUUUGUUGCACAUUUAUGAGGAUUAGGACUUAAGUCUUAAGCAUGAAGUACAACGGUUAAUUCACUGUAACUCUGUUAACAAUACCCCAUUUCUAUAAUACAAACCUAUAGUGCACAAGGACGUGUUUGCCUCUUUUAUGUAUUUUGUAGUAAAAUCAAGUCUUCAAUACUCCCAUGACCCAUGAAAAAAUGUGGGAAAACUGGGAAAUGGAAAAGUUGCAAUAUAAAAAAGAAGAAAGGUCUUUAGAUCACGUCUCUCUGAAUGGUAUUGUAUUUUUCUCUUUUAACUAUUAACAAUGUGUAAUAGUUAAUAUUUUGGUGAUACAAGAUCAUUUUAGAUUGCAGAACAGUGAGAUUGUGAAGCAACAAGUGGAAUUUGCACUAUCACUAAAAUAGGGUGGAAACAAAAUAUUACAACUCUGAAAUAAAAUAUGAUAUUUAAAAUGAUUUAUUCUAUUCCAUGGUUCCAAAGGUGAACAAAGUCCUGUAUUAAAGUACAUAACAUUUACUAAAUGAAUUACCAGUGGCAAUUAAAACCUCAUUCAUUAACUAAAGUAUUGAUUUACACAUCUUUAAAUGACCUGUUUAGUUCUUUUCACCUUUCGGUAUGACAUGACAGUGGAUUAGCUUCAUCAAAACAAGUUCAAGGUCCAGACCUAAACCAAUUAAAAAUUGCUGGGGUGACCUGAAGAGGGCUGUGCACAGGAGAUGCCCAGACAAUUUGACUUUGAGUUAGAAUGCUUUCGCAAGGAAGAAUGGCAAAAUAUUGCUAAGUCGAGAUGUGCCAAACUGAUUCUUACCCAAAAAGCCUGAAUGCUGUGAUAAAAUCUAACUGCUUCAACUAAGUAUUAUUUUAGGGGUGUGCACACUUGUGCAACCAGGUUAUUUUAAGUUUAUAUGUAUCCCCCGCCCCGAUGAUUCUUAUUGUAUUUCAUUAAUUAAUUAAAAUCACUUUAAUUAAUGUUAAACUUUCACAAUAAAGAGAGAAAAGGUUCUGACAUGAUUUAUAUUGGUUUAUUUAUUUAUUUAUUUUUACAUCACAGCAAACUGCCAUUUUAACAGGGGUGUGUAGACUUUUUAUAUAAGUACUUAAGGUGGAAAAGUUAGUCUUGACAGUAGCAUAUCAGCAGGCAUGAAAUUAAAUGAACACUAUGUGACUAGGUUUGCAGCAUGGUGGUCACUUAUAGUGAUGGUGCUGGUUGCAGCAGUAAUAACGCUCUACCAAAUUUAUAGGUGUAUGCCUUUCCAACACUGCUUUGGAGAACCCAGUGUUCUUAAUAGCCUUAUUCUGGCCAAACAGACCAUGAUUAUGCCUACUGUUUAAGAUUACCGAUGGGGGCUUGCUGUCCUAUAUGAAUGGGUCAUGUGUGACCAGACACCCUGAAAUUGUGGGUCUGGCCCAUGAGAGUGACUCCAGUAUAUAAACCUGACCAUACUCCAUAAACCUUCUAAUUGUAUACAGUUAAUUGAAAAGUUUCCUCAUUCCUAACUGUCUCAGUUAGGAGACAGCUGAAGAAACUUCACCAAGGCAAGGCUGCAGACCCUGAUCAUUCCCACGGUCCUAAAGUCCUGUGCUACCCAGCUGUCUGGUAUCCUAUAAUACAUCUUUAACCUGAGCCUGAUGCAGGGAAGGAUACCUGUGCUAUGGAAAGCAUCUUGCUUAGUGCUGGUACCUAAGAAAGCCACCCCAUCUGGUCUCAAUGACUUAAGAGCAGCUGCCCUAAUGUCACAUGUCAUGAAAAUACUGGAAAGACUGGUUCUGGCCCACCUCAGACCACAUGUGAAACAUACUCUGGACCUCGUCAGUUUGCUCAUCAGUGGGUGUGAAUGAUGCUGUCAGUGGGGUGUAUUAAAGAUGGGCAGGAUUUGGAGUACAAGGAACUGGUGGAUAACUUUGUGAAGUGGUGCAGCAGGAAUCAUCUGCUUCUAAGUAUAAAUAAGACCAAGGAGAUGGUGGUGGAUUUUAGUAUGAGAACUACGACCAAGCCCAUAAAUAUCAUGGGUGAGGAGGUUGGAAUUGUCGAGCACUACAAGUACUUGGGUGUUCACUUGAACAACAGACUAGACUGGAGGACCUACACAGAUGCUGUGUAUAAGAAGGAAAUGAGCAGACUCUUUGAUGAAAUGAUCUUUCCUGAGAAAGUUUGUGAAGUUUGUUUUCAAUCAAUGUGAUGACAAUCAGGUGUGAGUGAGCACCCUGUUUUAUUUAAAGAACAGGGAUCUAUCAAAAUCUGAUCUUCAGAACACAUGUUUGUGGAAAUGCAUCAUUGCAUGAACAAAGGAGAUUUCUAAGGGCCACAGAAAAAGAGUUGUUGACGCUAAUCAGGCUAGAAAAGGUUGCAAAACCUAUAGAGUUUGGCUUCCACUAAAUCACAGUCAGACAGAUUAUGUACAAAUGGAGGAAAUUCAAGACCAUUGUUACCCUCCCCGGGAGUGGUGGACCAUCAAAGAUCACUCCAAGAGCAAGACGUGUAAUAGUCCACAAGGUCACAAAGGAACCCAGGGUAAUUUCUAAGCCAUGAAAGGCCUCUCUCACAUUGGCUAAUGUUAAUGUUUAUGAGUCCACCAUCAAGAGAACACUGAACAACAAUGGUGUGCAUGACAGGGGUGCAAGGAGAAUGCCACUGCUCUCCAAAAAGAACAUUGUUGCCUGUCUGCACUUUGCUAACAAUCAUGUGGACAAGCCAGAAGGCUAUUGGGAAAAUAUUUUGUGGACAGAUUAAACAAAAAUAGAAUUUUUGGUUUAAAUGAGAAGUGUUAUGUUUGGAGAAAGGAAAACACUGCAUUCCAGCAUAAGAGCCUUAUCCCAUUUGUGAAAUAUGUUGGUGGUGGUGAUGGUGGUAGUAUCAUGGUUUGGGCCUGUUUUGCUGCAUCUGGGCCAGGACAACUUGCCAUCAUUGAUGAUACAAUGAAUUCUGAAUUAUACCAGUGCAUUCUAAAGGAAAAUGUCAGGACAUCUGUCUGUCAACUGAAUUUCAAGAGAAAAUGGCUCAUAAAGCAAGACAAGGACCCAAAACAAGCAGUUCAUAUGAGGAAACCCACCAACAUCCUAGAGUUGCAGUUAUUGCUGCACAAGGGGGUCACACUAGAUACUGAAAGCAAAGGUUCACAUACUUUUGCCACUCACAGAUAUGUAAUAUUGGACCAUUUUCCUCAAUAAGUAAAUAAUCAAGUAUAAUAUUUUUAUCUCAUUUGUUUAAUUGGGUUCUCUUUGUCUACUUUUAGGAUUUGAAAGGUGUCUUAACUUUUGUUGCAUCGAGUUCCUACUGCAGGGCCUGUGUUUUUAAUAUAGUAAAUCUAAACUGUUAGUUUUUAAUUUUACAUAAGAGCAAAUACCCUAGAGGUAUUAGAAGUAAUGCAAUUACUGUAAGGUGAUACAAUUUUUAAUUAUUUGAUAUUUAAUUGAUAUUGCACAGGAAUUACUCAAAUCUGUUGUAUACUGUACAUGCUAAACAAUCUUCAAUCAAACAUGCUAAACAGUCUUACACUGGCCUUGGUGCUAAUUAGUUUGUGCAAUUUAAAUUUUAAUAUGUUUAGCAUAUUUAACAAUAGACAUUGUUAUAAAGCAACAUUACAGACAUCUGCAUAUUGAUUUAUAUUUCGAUAUUUAGACAGUGUCAAG